AUGAAGUUUCUAUUUGUUUUUUAUUUCUGUUUGAAAGUGUCCGGAAACUUUUAUUUCAACGAUGAAGUUUUAUUCAACGUCGUAACAGAAGGGCACGGAAGAAUUGAAGAAGAAGGCAUAAAUCCACAAAAUUUGAUCCCAAUCGUCACUGCGGACAAUGAAAAAUUGAAAUGUUUGAUGCCAAAUGUGAAUCACAAAGUAAAAAACUUUUCCUGUCUUGUAUAAUCCUUUAGCCCGCCGACACGAUGGACACUUACCUAGGCCCUAGUCCCAGCGAGUUGGUCAACGGAAUCUAUACCGACAAAGCAUGUCUGUUACGUAUAGAAGUGUAUUGGUCUUAUGAAAUUUGUCACGGCAGGUAUAUUCGGCAGUUCCAUGAGGAAAAAGACUCAAAACAAGUGGUCGAAUUCUUUCUAGGAAGUUAUUGUAAGUUACGUUACAUUUGUCAGUGUUUUAAUUCAGCCGAAAGUUCGAAUGAUAAGGAGGCUGUGGACCCUAGCAACCCUCCAAAACAAGAGAUAAACGGAAAAACGCAAACGUAUUAUCCUGUCCUUUAUCAACACGGAACGUCGUGUGAUCUGACAGGGCAGCCUCGUAUCACCACUGUCAAUUAUGUCUGUGCCGAGGUAAGCUACUCUGUUACUUAUAAAUUCAAUUUAGGAGGGCAUGGAUAUAUUUUAUUCUUUGACGGAGAUCAGUACUUGUGUUUAUGAGGCUAUUGUUGGUAUAAACGAGCUUUGUGUGCAUCCUAUGUACAAAGUAAAAGUUCCAGCCGAAAAUCCUAUCAGAUGCUUUGCUGCUCCUGAGGUAAAAACUCCAGAGCCACGGUCCCUGCGAACUUUUAAUGCCGAACUUGCCCGUAAAGCCAUGUUACCGUUGCAAGUUGGACGCGGCCCUUUAAUGCAAAGAACACCUGAGUCUAAUGUAAUCGACGACAUCUACAAACUAUUCCAAAAAAGUACAGACCCAAAGAUCAAAAAGUUAUUAGACAAACAUUUGAGUACGUUUGAAGAGAGGCCAAAGAAGGUCCCCGAGAAUGAGGAUACCACCGCGAUGAAUGAUUUCUGGACUGGUAAAGCAUGCCUUUAUGGUGGUACUGGAUGGUGGAAAUACGAGUUUUGUUAUGGCCAUUCGGUAUGAGUCCAACGAAUUAUGUCCUUGACUUAUAGGUGGCCCAAUUUCACGAAGAAAAGGGGAAAACGACCAAGAUCAUGCUGGGCUACUUCGACAGGAAUACACACAAAGAAUGGGCGGACACAUCUCCAUCAAAAGCACGGAAGCUAAACGAGGGCGAAGUAUAUCAAGUGUCCAUGUUUUAUUCUAGGGGUGAUGUCUGUAAAGAAGCAAAUACUCUUAGGUAAGACUUCAAACACUCAUCUAAAUUAAAAAAGGAGCUGCGAGGUUCGUCUAACAUGCCGACAGGAAGAAAGCCAGGACAGUGAAAAAAUCACGAUGUAUCUUAUCGAACCAGAAACAUGUACCUAUGUUCUGGUAGUGGAAUCUCAGCUUUUCUGUGAUCCCAUACAAAAGGCGGGCAAAGAUGGUCUCUUCCCCAAUCCUGCAAAAUUGGACAGGCCACACUCGGGUCAUAUUGAGUUGUAA